CCUCAAACGAGGCAAUUUUUCAUUCAUCAUAUCCCGAUGCACAUCGUGUCACAUGAAGAGCAAAGUGCUUCUGUAGCUGAGCUCAGUGUGGAAGUGCUUUUGCUGUGAAAAAAGUUGGUUGGGAGAAGAAGCGAUCACCAUGAAGGUUCAUGAGACAAGGUCACAUGCCCAUGCUUCUGCAGAGGAAGAAGGGAAGAUGGGAACGCGGAGGCAAAAGGCGGAGAGUAGAGGGCAAGACGAGUCCUCGAAGAAGAAGCCCAAAGUAACCGACGGCGAGAACGGCGGCACCAACGCGAAAUCGGCAGCCGCGAUCGCGCUGGAGUUUGAUGAGUUCUGCAAGGCUACAAGAGAGCACCUCUCGAUCGAGGAGAUGCGCCGCAUUCUCGAGGCCAAUGCCCAAGAUCCUUCCGGGUCGGACGAUGCCGUGGUCCCAAGAUGCCAAGAUAUGAUGUUCUAUGGGCCUCUAGAGAGUUGCGCAAUGUGCGGAGGCCAGCUUGAGUAUACUGGGAAAAACUACAGAUGCCAAGGAAGAUACAGUGAGUGGACUACUUGCCCAUAUACAACAAUAAACCCUCCUCGGAAGAGCGAUCGCAUCAAGGUCCCCGAGGAUAUCAACAAUGAAACAGCUCGCGAGUGGGUUGCGAAUCAAGAAUCGAGAGCUUAUCCACAGCGGGAUUUGCCUUUGGUGGACAAGCCAUUCUCGGGCAUGAUGAUCUCUUUAUCCGGGAGGCUUUCGCGAACACAUCAAGCAUGGAGGGAGGAAAUCGAAAAGCACGGAGGAAAAGUUUCUAAUAGUGUCAUAGGUGUUACUUGUCUUGUUGUUUCCCCUGCUGAACGUGAGAGAGGCGGUUCGACAAAAGUUGCAGAUGCUAUGGAAAGGAACAUUCCCGUUGUAAGCGAGGCUUGGCUUAUUGAUAGUAUCCAAAAACAAGAGGCUCAACCGUUCGACGCAUACGAUGUUGUCUCCGAUCUUGCCCCGGAGGGCAGAGGAAUUCCACAGGACAAGCAAGACCCGAGCGAGGAGGCUCUCGAGUCUCUCACAGCAGAGAAUAAACUUUACGGCAAAAGAGCAGUUUACAAGGACUCCAUGCUGGAUAAGGACGGCGGGCAAAUCUUUGAAAAGGACGGGAUUAUCUACAAUUGUGCAUUCUCUCUUUGUGAUCAAGCGAGCGGAGUAAACGAAUAUUGCGUGAUGCAGCUGAUCAUGGUGCCUGAGAACCACCUGCAUUUAUAUUACAAGAAGGGCCGAGUUGGGGAUGAUCCGAGAGCGGAGGAGAGAGUUGAGGAUUUUGAGGAUCGCGUGGGUGAUGCGAUUAAGGAGUUUGUUCGACUUUUCGAAGAGCUUACUGGGAACGAAUUUGAACCAUGGGAACGAGAGAAGAAGUUUGAGAAGAAACCUAUCAAAUUUUACCCCAUGGACAUGGAUGAUGGAGUUGAUGUGCGAUACGGCGGCCUAGCUCCGCGCCAGUUGGGAGCGGCAUCUGUUCAUUGCAAGCUCGAACCUUUGGUCGCAAAUUUUAUGAAGAUUUUAUGUAGCCAAGAGAUUUACAGGUAUGCUUUGAUGGAAAUGGGUUAUGAUGCACCGGACCUUCCCGUCGGGAUGUUAACUGAUCUCCAUCUGAAGAGAUGUGAAGAAGUGCUUCUGAAGUUCAGAGAUGAUCUGAAAUCGGCUCCUGAAAACAGUUCAGAGCGCAACAUCAAGAGGUUGGACGAUAGCAAUCGGUGGUUCACUUUAAUGCACUCUACCCAGCCAUUCACCAUCAAAAACUACCAAGAACUCGCUGAUCAUGUGGCCGCAGGUUUGGAAACAAUUAGGGACAUAAAUGUUGCAUCGCGGCUUAUUGGAGACAUGACCAGUAGUACUAUCAAUGAUCCACUUUCUGAUCGGUACGAGAAGUUGAGUUGCAUGAUUACUCCUGUGGAUAAGGACUCUGAUGACUAUAAGAUGAUCGUGAAUUACCUCGAGAAAACCUAUGAGCCCGUCGCAGUUGCUGAUGUGAGUUACAGUGCAUCAGUGGAGAACAUAUAUGCUAUAGAAUCAAGUGCUUGUCCUUAUGAUGAGAUAAAGAAACUUCCAAAUAAAGUUCUCCUGUGGUGUGGUACAAGGAGUUCAAACUUGCUAAGGCACCUGCACGAAGGGUUCCAACCUGUAAUAUGCGCAAUUCCUGUGCCUGGUUACAUGUUUGGGAAAGCUAUAGUUUGCUCGGAUGCAGCGGCCGAGGCGGCGCGGUAUGGGUUCACGGCGAUCGAUAGGCCAGAAGGCUUCUUGGUCCUGGCGGUUGUUUCUCUGGGAGAACAAGUCACUGAGAUAUCUGGCAUACCUGAGGAUACAAAAUCCUUAGAGGAGAAAAAGAUCGGUGUCAAGGCGUUGGGGAAGAAAAAGCCUGAUGAAUCAGAGCAUUUCACUUGGAAGGAUGAUGUGAAGGUGCCCUGCGGGCGAUUGGUUCCAUCGGAGAACAAGGAUAGCCCACUCGAGUACAACGAGUAUGCGGUCUAUGACCCGAAACAGGCUAGUAUCAGGUUUCUGGUGGAAGUGAAGUAUGAAGAGCAGAAUAUGGAGAUGGACACAGCUGAACCAGAUGAAGUAAGGAUGACCUAAUUUUGAGUUUUUUUUUUUUUUUCGCUGCAUGGAUAGUAGUGCUGUGUUUUUUUGAGGCCCUUUUAAGGGGGACUAAAAUGUGGUUUGGGGUUGUUGUUUCCCAAAAAACAUUACCUUUUUCGGGUAUGUGAAGUAUCUGUUUAUGUUAUGUAUAUAUGUUCACAGCUAACAGUAAAACACCUGAUGUUUAGUUUUGGAGUUC